UUUAGUAUUAUUCGAUGGCUUCCAUCAAUAGAAUGUUCACAUUACUGUACGGAAUAUCAAUCUACAUAAUUUGCUGCAAUGCUGCCAAGCACAGGAAAUCGCCGAGUGUGCCCAGCAGUGAUCCUCGUAUUGUUGGAGGUGAAGAGAUCACCAUUGACCGAGUACCGUAUUUAGUAAAUUUACGUCAAAAUGGACAAUUUCGGUGUGGUGGCUCACUGAUAACGCCCAAUUGUGUUCUAACAGCUGCCCAUUGUGUUUAUCGCAUAACUGCCAAUAGUUUAACUGUAGCAGCUGGUGCUUCAAAACUUUCCGGCAACGCGCAAAUACGACAAGUUCAACAAACAUUUGUAUCGGCAUUUUAUAAACCCAACACCUUGGAUAUGGAUGUGGCCAUUAUGAAGUUGAGUCAACCUCUAAUGGGGGCAAAUAUUGCAACGAUACCUUUGUGUUCCCAAAAGCCCGAUGAUGGUGCAUUUGUUCAGAUAUCGGGUUGGGGUUAUACAAGUGAAACCAACCGCCAGCCAUCGGAUCAAGUUCGCUCGGCUACGGUACGUGUGGUCCCACGCGCCGAAUGCUCCCAAGCCUAUGAAGGACAGGCAACGCUAACAAGCAGCAUGUUUUGUGCCACAAUACCGGGUCAAAGGGAUUCAUGUUCCGGUGAUUCUGGCGGUCCGGUUGUUUACAACGGCCAGGUGUGCGGCAUUGUUUCAUGGGGAUUUGGUUGUGCACGUCCUGAAUUUCCAGGUGUCUACACAAAUGUGGCCAGCCUGAGAGUUAAUACCUACAUUCGUAGUAUUGCAAUGGCGAAUUGUCUAUAGAGUGAAUAAAAUGAAUAAACAAGUUUACCUCAA